CUGCGGCCCAGGCCGACGAAGCCGUGGGACGUGCUGUGCUGUAGCUGUGCUGUCGCCGUGCCCUCGCUCUGCUCCCAUGCCGCCAUGGCCUCAGACUCGGUGCUGCAGCUGCUCGUCGUCGUCACCGUCGUGCUCCUGACGGGGCGAGCCGGGGUGAGCAGCAGCUCCCCGCCACCGGCGCGCUACAACGCCACGGCGCUGGCCAGGGCCAAGAGGGUCGCCGUGUACGACGUGCCGGACGAGGACAAGCACGACGCGCUGCUGGUCGCGGCUCUGCAGCGCGCCUCUGCGCGGCCGGGGCCCGCCUGGACUCAGCCGCCCAUGCACAAGGCCACCCUGACGCAGAUGGGGUAUAUUCAGUUCCUGCGCUACAUCGUGGACGUGCCCGAGCUGCGCGAGCUGUCCUUCUGCGUGUGGCUCCGCUCGAGGAACCUGACGCACAAUCACCCCAUACUGUCCUACUCCAAGCACGAGCGCGACCGGCUCGCACGCGCCUGGGUGUCGCCCGCCGUCGGUCACCGCCUGCCGCCGCGCCUCCACUUCGUGAUCCUGGAGAGGCCCGUGCUGGUGGAGCCGCUGCCCGAGGCGGCCCAGCGCCGCUGGGUCCACAUCUGCGCCUCCUGGGACGGCCGCUCCGGCCUCUACCGCCUCUACGUGGACGGCAGGACGCGGAGGGCGGGUGUCCGGCCAGAGGUGACCGGGCUCGUGCUGCCGGGCGGCGGGGACGUGGUGGUCGGCCAGGAGUACACCGACUUCGACAAGGGGCUGGACGACGGCGUGGAGGGCGAGGUGUUCGGCUUCCACCUGUUCCGCACGGCCGCGGCCAGGGCGCCGGCUCCUCCCGAGCUCGAGCACGACGAGGACCUCCAGCACCAGCUCCUCAGCACGCGCCGUCGCGGAGACACGGGCGCGCCCCGCUCUCGGCGCCGCUCCUCAGACUCAGCGUCCCCACCGCGGCGGCGCACCGGAGCCAGCGAGGAGGCCGUGGCGUCCUCCAGGAGGUCCAGGUCGCCGCGGUGGAGGUUCGGCCCUCCGUCGGCACCGUCGCGGGUGCAGCGGCUGCACGCGUGCGAGCGGCUCGCGCCAGAGGACCGCGCCGAGGCCAUCGUGUCCUGGCCCAGCACCCCCGUCAGGGUGUUCGGCGGCGCCAUCAUCAGCCACGUCAAGGGCGGCUGCGGCGACUUCUAGGUCGCCGUCAAUGGCGAUCCUCGCCCUUCGCGCUACUCUGUGCCAAUGAAUGGACUGCAACACUUGCACCCCGUGCUCCGCCAUUCACGACGUGGACCCACAGUCAUUAGUUCUCGUUGUGCUCCGCGCCGGACACUCUGCCUGGAGACCUCCCCUGCUGCUGAUGCUCCCGUGCGCGGCACGCGCGCCAAGGAGAAAGUGCGGCCAUCCGUCCAGCCAUGAAUUGACGGAAAGCGGCGCUUUUGCUGCUUUCCGCCAGCGCUCUCAAUACGGCCGAUCUAAACCUUAGACUAAUACUAAUUAUUUAUUGAUUGAGUGAAUGCGAUUAUUGGUCUUUGCACAACGACGACACCGCCAAGAGUCCCCAGCACUCCCAAUUAUUGUACAAAUUUGUAUAAACUUUAACUACAAUUAAUAAAUUUAUUAGCUUAGAACAGUCAACAGAAACUAGUUCGUAGGCUGACCGCACGUGUCUUAA